GAGAUGUUGACCUAGGUUUGCACGAUAUGGACAUGACGUCCACUUUUGGGUUCAACUCCAUGGGCUGGUUUGACUUUGUUUAUAAUUUGAGCCCUUUGUCKYGUUCGGGARACAYCGAUGUGUCAAUUCUCGCUCCUUCUYUUAUUCUCUUCACUUUACUUGGYCUCUAUGGAUGUCUCUGAUUGURAUGGAGUCUGUCAUGUACUAGGCUAUAUGCCGAAUGAGUGUGCUGUCAGGCUAUGUAUGGACUCGUUAAUUGCUCGUUAAUUUGUGACUUCUGAUGAAUGUGCGAGUAUACUCAACUUCAUCUUAAGGAUUUAGAACCACCGUAGCAAUUAAACUACGUGUGCGUGACUCGUUUUUCCUGUCACUUAUUACGAUUUUAUGGUCUGUACUUCUGAUUGCGAGUUAGUAGUUUUGGCGGGGGUCCCAGGGAGAGAUGGUUGUUUUCAAUGUGGAUCUACGAAUCAUUGGGCUCGAGAGUGCCCCCAUCGUGGAUAUGGUUUUCGUCCACCUGUGACUGGCGCCAAUGCCAUUCCCACUGGCCCACUGCUUCUAACCUUACCUGCCCCUGGGGCAGCUUCGUCUUCCUCCGCCAACCACACCUCCACCUCUUUUGGUCCAUCCUCCUCUAAUCAGCGUUCAGGUAAUCAGAAUGUUGUCGGGUAUGGUCAACAGGCUCGGCCCAAUUGGUGGACACGUAAUCAAGAGCGUCUCGAUAAAGUGUACAACAAGUAUGUGGAAGACACUGAGCGGGAGGCAAAGAAGAAGGAGGAGGAGGCGAAAGAGAAGGCGAAGAAGGACGAGGAGGAGAAACUUUCGUCUUGGAGAAAGGAACGUGAGAAGUUUGAAGAGGCCAUGGGGGAACGGUUGGAAAAAAGGCUGGAUGUGUUAGGUAUAGGAAAGGGGAAGACAGUGGAUGCUGGGAGCGGGGAGUCAAGUAACGAGGAAGCACUUAGGUUGAGGAAAGAGAACGAGGACCUUAAGCGGAAGCUUAGCGAAGCGCUGUGUCCGAUUGGAGAGGAUCGGGUGUUAUAUCUGCAGAAUGAGGUAAUGGAGCUGCGUAAACAAGUCGGGGAGAAGAACGUCAACGAGGAUGUCAUCGUUGCACUCAAGGCUGAGAUUGGCGAGCUCAAGCAGACGGCCUUCAUGAAGACCAACUUUGAGCGUGAAAUUGCGGGUUUGCGGAAGGAGGUCAACCAGCUCCGUGAUCAGAAUGAGCGGGUCAUUGUGGAGGUUGGCCAAUGGAAGGAGCAGGCACUACGGCCUGGUAAUAAGCGUGGAAGUGUUGCUCUCCAGACGCCGGAUUGCUCCAAUCGGGGUUCUCCCAAGCCUCGAUGGACAGAUAAUGUGCGCGAAGAGGACAAGUGGAAAGCAGAAUAUAGGAACCUGCAAAGCCUCCAUCGUCUGGCUAACAUCGAAGUUGAGGCUCUAAAGGAAAAACGGGCGGAAGCGGAAGCUCGGAGGGCUGAAGCCGAGAAGCAAGUCAAAGCGUUGGAAGAGAAGAUGGGGAAAUUGAUGGCAAGUGGGGAGAAGGAUAAAGGGAAAAUGGCAUGCGGUACCAAUCUCAAGGAUCGUCUGGAGGAAGCUGCUAUUCGCUCUGCCAGAAAGGGUGUCAAGGCUACUCCCGGAAGAACGGGUGGUAAAUCUGCUUCAGUUUCCGCUCGUCCAAGUAAGGAACCUGGUCCAAGUCUGGCGACGACCACAAUUAAUGAUCGUGCCGAGUUCGUUGAAGAACAGAAGCGUCAACUACGGAUGCUGCGGAAGAUCGGCUUGGAGCCGCUUUGCAAAGAGGAAGGGGUUAAGUUGGGUAAAUUUGAGGAUACAAUUUGUGAUCUUGCGGAGGCACGGGCAAGAAAAGCCUUCGGCGAAAUCCAGGGUUCUCCAUCCAAACGUGAUGGGGAGGUACAGGAGGUGAGUGACGAUACCUCCAAGCGCUCCGGUGAUACCGAUGAGGAAGCGGAAAGCGCAAGCGUGGAGGCGCUGAAAAGGAUAAGUGAAGCUCGCUGCGUGCAGGGUUCCGCUGCUGGUGACGAGUUCGGGAACAGGCCAUGGGUAGAGAUAGACUCGCCAUUGGUGCUUGAGGUGAGGGGGGUGGAUGAGGGAGAGGUAAGGAGUGGGGGAGGGGGAGGGGGAGGGGGAGGAGGAGGAGGAGGAGGAGGAGGAGGUGGGGAAGGAGGAGGGGGAGGGAGCGGUGGUGAGGAAGGUGCAUUGGAGACAGAGGCAGCUCGCCACGGCGGUUCGCAAGGCACGUUCCGACAUCGCAUCUGCUCGGUGGAUUGCAGAGGAGAGGGGUAGGUGGAGUGUUGGGGAGGAGGGGGGGAGAGAGGGGGUGAGGGGGAGGAGGGAGGCCGGGAAGGGGGGAGGGAUGGCUGCAACGGUAGCGCCGCAAUGAAGCUUAGAAGCGCUA